UAUAAUAUUAAUAGGGACUUGGUUAUGAACAUGGAGAUCCUAGGCCCUGUACCGAGUAGUAUGCGAUGCUUAGUGAAAUACUUAAGUGGUUUGGUUUUUCUCCCUUGACAAUUAGCUUAUAAGGGAGGGAUUUUUCUAGUGCAUGGGUGCCUAUCAUUUUCAUUGCAGAAUAAAAGUGCACAUGUUGUUAUUUAGAUACUAGUCUGAUAAUUUCUGUGUGCUAUGAUUCUUUCCAUUUUUAGAAAGCUGGGUUCCAAUGUUCAAUUAUGCUUCUUAUUACUAACUUCUUUUAUCAACUUUUUAAAAUUGACUUUAUUCAUUGUUGACAAAUGACUCUUCAUUGCUAAUACAAACAUCUGCAUUUGAUCCUCAAUAAGACAUCUGUGCCUUUUCCUUUGUACAUAUUGAGCAACUUGUUUGGGUCAGGUAAUAGACAAAAAAUUGUUUUUACUGUGUUCAGAUUCAGGAGAUAAUCACUACUGGGAAGUUAUCGAAAUUGGAACACUUUGAAAUUGAUGAAAAGGUGCAAACAAUAUCUUUAUUUGGAGAAGUUUGGGGUGUAGGCCCAGCCACAGCUCUGAAAUUGUAUGACAAAGGACACCGUACAUUAGACGAUCUUAGGAAUGAUGAUUCACUUACAAAUGCACAGAAGUUAGGAUUGAAAUACUUUGAUGAUAUUAGGCAACGGGUUCCACGCCAUGAGGUUCAAGAGAUGGAACAAAUUUUGCAGAAAGUUGGGGAGGAUGUUUUACCUGGGGUUAUCAUUAUUUGUGGAGGAUCAUAUCGACGUGGGAAAGCUACUUGUGGGGACAUUGAUAUCAUUAUAACACAUCCUGAUGGAACAAGUCACAAAGGAUUUUUGCCCAAGUUUGUAAAGUGUUUAAAGGAUAUGAAUUUCCUGAGGGAGGAUUUAAUUUUCAGUACCCACAGUGAAGAGGUAGUGUUGGCUUUUGCUUUUUCUCUACCCAUGGGCACUGAUUCUGGUGUUGACACAUACUUUGGUUUUUGCACUUAUCCUGGACGGGAGUUGCGGCAUCGUAUUGAUUUAAAGGUAUACCCAAGAGACAUAUAUACUUUCGGACUUGUAGCUUGGACCGGAAAUGAUGUAUUAAAUAGGAGGUUGAGGCUGCAAGCAGAAUCUAGAGGAUUUAGGCUUGAUGAUACAGGGUUCUUUCCAGCUAUUCAAGGCUCUGGUGGCAAACGGGGCACAAAAGGUACUGCAAAUAUGAAAUUAUAUACCGAAAGGGAGGUGUUUGAUUUCCUGGGUUUUCCUUGGCUUGAACCACAUGAAAGAAAUCUCUAAAUACCGGAAUAGUUUGGUUAGUCUUCUAGAAGUAUGAGAUACAGCGUCGUCUUGCGAUACUGGGAAGUGGUGUCUAGCUUGAUUUUGGUGGGCUCUGAAAUCCAAUGCUUUGUAAAUAUAUAUGUAGGAAGGAUACCAGAUUACAAUUCUGGCGUCAUCUUCAAAAGAUCGUGUACACAAAAAUAGAUCAAUAGGAUGAAUGCUGUUUUUGUUUC